AUGAAUAUCUUGCCCAAGAAGAGUUGGCAUGUGCGGAACAAGGAUAAUGUGGCUCGCGUGCGUCGAGAUGAGGCCCAGGCCCGGGAGGAGGAGAAAGAACGGGAGCGGAGGGCAUUACUCGCUCAGCAAGAGGCCCGCACAGAAUUCCUACGCAAGAAAGCCAGGCACCAGAACUCGGGACCACCGGAGCUGGAAGCCUUGGGGUCGGGAGCCUUAGGUCCUGGCCCCGUGGAUCUGUUUCAGGAGCUGCUGGAAGAAGGGAAAGGGGUGGCCCGUGGCAAUCAAGAGUACGAGGAGGAAAAGCGGCAGGAGAAGGAGAAGCAGGAGAAAGCACUGGGCAUCCUGACGUACCUGGGCCAGAGCGCAGCUGAGGCGCAGACACAGCCCCCAUGGUACCAGCUGCCCCCGGGCCGAGGGGCACCCCUGCCUGGCCCAGGCCCCAAUGAGAAGGAUGAGAUGGACAAGAAGGUCAAGGGUCGCCUGGACCCACUGCGGGAAAUGCAGAGGCACCUGGGGAAGAGGCAGCACAGUGGCGAGGAGGGGCCCAGCAGAAAGAGAAAGGAGGGAGCUGCAAACCUGCGGCCCACAGGACCCCCUACUCUGGAUCAGCUUCGAGCAGAACGCCUCAAGCGGGAAGCAGCGGAGAGGGCCCGGGCAGAGGCCUUGCUGGCCCGGGUCCGAGGUGAGGCCCCCCAGGAGGACCUCCUGGAGGAGACAGAUGAGAGGCGGCGGAGCUACAACUCCCAGUUCCACCCCCAGCUGGCCAGGCGUCCCCGCCGCUCCAACACCCAGGCCUCCCAUUGA